GCCUGGGGGAGGGAAGAAAACUUUCGUCUUCAUUUGGAACACUUUGCAUUGAAAUGAUUUGAGAUUAAGUUACCUCCGCGUGAGUGGUUAAAAGGGAUUACACACAAACAAGGAUAUACUUUCCCUCAGCACACUUCUACAUGACUUGUCAGAGUGCCUCGAUGCCAUCAGUGUUGUCUUCUUCUUGGAAGUGUAAGUCUCCAGUAUUAUCGGUCUUCUGGAGUCGGCAGAUACGCUCGCGAACGGCUGAUGUUAUUUGAAGUGGGCACGAGGUCAGCUGAGCUAGAAGUGUUUCACGGCGCUUAGAGAGCUGCAGUACUCACGCUUGACACCCGUAGUGGGUGUUCAGGAAAGGACGGGGCUCCUCCGUGGGAAUAGGCCGUCUUCUGACCCUCGGCGGGGCAGGCAGGAACGGGAUCUGCCUUGAGUUUUGACGGGAAAACACGGGCAGCUUUUACGUCUUACCGUCUCAGGCGUUUAUUUUCCCCUCAGUUUACAGGAAAUCACCUUCGUGAUGCCAGCACCUACGGGAACACAUCGUUAGAGAUUUUUGAAUCAAUUUUCUGUGUUUUUUGACCAUAUAAAGGGAACAGUGGCGCGUGUAAAAAAAAAAGUUUUCUCUCAGAAACUGGCGCCUUUUUUUCUUCUUUUCUUUACAGCUAACGUUAAUACUCUUUCGACAAACAGCAACCGUUACGUUUGGUGUUUGCUGACUUCAAACUGACAUUACACCGAAACCAAGUACAAGAAAUGUGUAAAAUAUGAAAUAUAAACUUAUAUUACCUUUGCAUGUCAUUUGGAAAGGGAAAGUUAAUUCAAACAUCGUCGAGCAUUGGAGAGGGUGUUUGAGGGACAGUGUCGACUGGAUUAAAAAACUCAGCGUGUCAGUACACCCUAUGUAAACUAACCACCCUAUUAUUUUAUUUUUAUUUUAUCGAUACAUGUUUGCUCCUGUCGUGUUGAAUUCAAGCGAUGUGCUCUAAAAAGCAGGCUCUAGCGGAUGACAGUGCCUCAGUCUCGCGCACGCGCCGCUGAGCCAUAGAAUAUAAUGGCAUCUGAGUGCUGACGUAAUCCCAGCACGGACAAGAAACUGCUCAAGAGUCCAAGCCGGUCCAUCCUCAUAGUGAAUGCACUUGGAAUUUACUUCUGGCUGGACUCUUUUCACAAACAGACUGUGCUUUUUGUACUUGCACCAAUCUAUGUCAAGUGCCACUUCCUCUGUACUGUCAGCAGUAGGUGAUAUGUGAUAAUUAAAAGUCAAUUGUUGUCAUCUCGCCAUGGCAUUGCCAGAGCAGCACCAGCCACUGCACGAGACGGAGGCGAGGUGCGAUAGCGAAGGGGGGGCGGUUACGGUGCGGAUAACCGACAGCCGUAAUCAACAGGUGGGUCCAGACCAAGAAGGCGACCCGGUCGACAUGGGCUCCUCCAAACCUUGCAAAUACAGUAUCUCAUCAAGCUGCAGCUCAGGGGAGUUGGGCGUUCCCAAGGCUAUGAUGACUCGUCUGAGCAGUCCGAGGAGAGUGCCGCCGCUGUUUGAGAGGUCUGCCGCGCAGUGCUGGGACCCCAAGUUUAACUCGUCAAUCCUGGAGGAGGCGUGCAGGGAACGCUGCUUCCCGCAGAUGCAGAGGAGAUUCCGCUACAUCUUGUUUUACCUGGCCACCACCGCGCUCCUGUGGGGGAUAUACUUUGGGAUCAAUAGCGCCAGGUGUGACCCUACACACUUCCUGGUCCCCACGGCGGGGUUUCUUGUACUGUGCCUCCUCCUCCUCUGGUUUACGUUCUCAAGGCCAUAUGCGCGUUUCUACAACCACGUGUCCUUUCUACUUACAGUGAUCAUGUUUGGGAUCACCUUGGCGCCUCAAACGCAAACUGCUCAGUUUGCCCAUUUUGAUGUCCAAAAAGCAGGCAAUCAGUCACUACUACCUACGACUCAUAAUGCUCCAUGUAUAUCACCCGUUGGGACAUUCUCACUUUGUAUGGAGGUGCUGCUUUUGCUGUACAGUGUGUUGCAUUUACCCCUGUAUGUGUCGGUGUUUCUCGGCCUGGUGUAUUCUGUCCUCUACGAGGCUUUAGGCUGGCUGCACUUUGCUGAGAUGGACGGUAGCUACGUAGGGUCGGAAAGGUUGGAUUUGAGCUGGCUUGGCCCGGGUAAAGUCCUGCUUCAUCUGUGCGCGCAUAUCAUUGGCAUUCACAUAUUCAUCAUGUCCGAAGUGCGCUCUCGGAGUACCUUUCUCAAGGUGGGUCAAGCGAUCAUGCAUGGGAAGGACCUGGAAGUGGAGAAGGCGCUGAAGGAGCGUAUGAUCCACUCCGUGAUGCCGCGGCUGGUGGCGGACGAGCUCAUGAAGCAAGGAGACGAGGAAAGCGAGAGUUCUGGGAAACGAUACAGUGCAGGUGCCUGCUCCGUCGCCGCUGCUUCCGCCGCGACCUCGUCCAGUCCCAAAAGCAACAAGCGUAAGAAGAACUCUAUCCCUCGCGGGCAAAUCAUUUUCAGACCCUUCAACAUGAAGCGCAUGGAGCCGGUGAGCAUCCUCUUUGCAGACAUUGUGGGAUUCACCAAAAUGAGUGCCAACAAGUCAGCCCCUGCACUGGUAGGACUGCUAAACGACCUCUUCGGUCGCUUUGACCGUCUGUGUGAGUUGACCCGCUGUGAGAAGAUCAGCACUCUUGGGGAUUGCUACUAUUGUGUGGCGGGCUGCCCUGAGCCGCUCCCCGGUCACGCAUACUGCUGUGUGGAAAUGGGGCUCGGGAUGAUCCAGGCCAUCGAGCAGUUCUGCCAGGAGAUGUCGGAGACCGUGGACAUGCGUGUCGGCGUGCACACCGGCACCGUGCUCUGCGGUAUUCUGGGAAUGAAACGCUUUAAGUUUGACGUUUGGUCCAAUGAUGUCAACUUGGCCAAUCUUAUGGAGCAGCUGGGCGUGGCGGGAAAGGUGCACUUGUCGGAGGUCACAGCAAGUUUUUUGGAUGACCGUUACGAGAGGGAGGACGGGCGAGUGAGGGAACGUGUUGGGCACAGUGUUACUGAUCAGCUGAAAGGUUUAAAGACGUAUCUGAUCUCGGGACGGAAGAUGGGCUCUCAGUGUGGCUGUUCCCAGCUCAGUUUGAGUCUGUCCUCAAACACACACACUCCAGAUCUCACACACUGCGCCGUCGCUGAACCGCUCUCACACGGCAAGCCUGUGUGCACAUCCUGUAGCAUCUCCGUAGAUGUCACUGACAAUCCGAUAGCAGAUGAAGCAACUCGAAAUGGCUGCCAGGAUGAACACCGAGCCAACAGCUGCAAGUUUCCUGCAGGUCGUAGCCCUAAAACCCUGAAUGGUCUGUUGAGUCCUCUGUGUGAGGAGCGGGUGGGAGUCAGCCAGUCGUCUCUGUGCGACAAACUCCAGGAGAAGGACAGGAGCUGGGUGGGAAGUCUGGCCGCAGAAGGAGGCAGCGCCAGCGGCAUGGACCACUCAGCCAUCCUCCCACUGCGCUCCAAAUACUUUCGGGAGAAAAGCGACGUGCACUUUGUGGAGGUGAUAAGGGAAGAAAGUCUGAUGAAGGAUUACUUCUUCAAGCCGCCCAUUAACAAGUUGAGUCUGAACUUCCUGGAGAAAUCUCUGGAGUCAGCUUACCGUACCAGCUACCAUGAGCAGGUGGUGAAUCAGGUGCCGGUGCAGACGUUUGCCAGUCCAGUCUUCAGCUCGCUGCUCGAUGUUUUGCUGUCUUGUGCCGUUUUUCUCGCCCUGACCAUUGCCUGCUUCCUGUAUCCCCUUGUUACCAUGGCAACGCCCCUUGCAACCACACUCGGUCUGGCGAUCACAGCCGCUCUGCUGGAACUGGUUUCUCUCGUUUUGUCCAUUCGUAUGGUGUUUUGUCUGGAUGAUGUACAGAAUUGCACUCUGUCUCUGUUGAAGCUGGUGUCUGGCUGGCUCCCGCGUCAUGUGAUCGGGGCUGUGCUCGUUUCACUUCCUGCUGUGUCCGUCUUCUCCCACCUGGCUUACAGUGUGCAGCUGCCCAUCCAGGUGACCAUGUUCCUGUGCUGUGCUCUCAUUAUUGCUAUUAUCCAGUACUGUAACUUCUGCCAGCUGAGUUUCUGGAUGCGCUCUGCUCUGGCCACUGUAGCUGGUUUGUCUUUACUCAUCCUGCUCUACAGCGCCACCACCAGGCCCAGCGCCACUGACAGAUUUCCAGCAUCUUGGAACAUGAGUAACCAGAGUGCUGAAGUAGAUCAGGCAAGUGAGUUGGACUCUGCGCCCACAGCGCUCGACCUGCUCGUCCUAGAGACCGUGCUCUCCUUCUUCCUCCUGCUGCUGCUGGUUUGGUUUCUCAACCGGGAAUUCGAGGUCAGCUACCGUCUGCAUUACCACGGAAAUGUGGAAGCUGACAAGCAUCGCAUCAAGAUCCAGACCAUGCGAGAUCAAGCGGACUGGCUGCUGCGUAACAUCAUCCCCAUCCAUGUUGCCGAGCAGCUAAAGGUGAACCAGAGUUACUCUAAAAAUCAUGACAAUGUUGGGGUCAUCUUUGCAAGUAUUGUCAACUUCAGCGAAUUCUACGAAGAGAGCUACGAGGGCGGGAAAGAGUGCUACCGAGUACUUAACGAACUCAUCGGAGACUUCGACGAACUGUUGCGCAAGCCUGCAUUCUCAAAUGUAGAGAAGAUUAAAACCAUUGGUGCCACCUACAUGGCGGCGUCUGGAUUAAAUGGGCAGCAGUGCCAAGAACAGCCACAUCCGCACGCCCACCUACGUGCCCUCUUUGACUUCGCCCUUGAAAUGAUGCAUGUGAUGGACGAUUUUAACAAGAACAUGUUGGGUUUCAAGUUCAAGCUGAGAAUUGGCUUCAACCACGGGCCCCUGACUGCGGGCGUCAUCGGCACUACCAAGCUGCUUUACGACAUAUGGGGCGACACGGUCAACAUUGCUAGCCGCAUGGACAGCACGGGAGUGGAGUGCCGCAUACAGGUUAGCGAAGAGAGCCACUGUGUGCUCAGCAGAAUGAACUAUGCCUUUGAUUAUCGUGGCACUGUAAACGUGAAAGGGAAAGGGCAGAUGAGGACUUACUUGUAUCCCCAAAUGAACGAAGGCAGAUCGGGGUCCACUCAAAGCCUGGAACAAGGCCAGGUGGACAGUGCCGUUGGGCAUUUACAGCCCAACACACUUGCCAAUACAACAUCUGCUGCACCACUAAACCCUCCCUGCACCUCUCCCAAUGUUGCCUCUAUCAGUGGCCACGGUGUGCCUCAGGGCCGUUUAUUAGGCCCGUCUCAGAUUACAGAGGAGUUGCACCAAGACACUAAGGACAAUUCUCCUGUCCCCAAGCUCAAAGAAAAGGAUUACAAGAGUCCUUAUCAAGCACUAUCGCUAAGUGGUACACAACCUCCCUCAAUAACACAACUGUAUGCACCGUUAGCCAGACCAGAGACACCUUUACAAGGAGAGGAAGAUGAUGUAGAUGAGUGUACAAAGCUCAGGGCAGUGGAGUGAUUCAGAUUUCCUCCUCACCUCGGCUGACCUUCUUCAAGAGCCAAUCCGCAGAUAAUUUUCAGGCUCUACUUCCUUCAAGGGGCUUUUCCGACCACAACUGGUGGAGUUCCAAUGAGUAGCAUUAGCCUGUAUAGGGCAUAUGUGUUGAUAACGUGACCUAAAUAGAAAAAUGGGUGCGCUAAGCAUCUGCUGUGUGGAUCACAGUGUAGCACAGAGGGGGGAAAUGGAUGGAGUUAAUAUUUCUGAUGUUCUCUAAUUUGUUUUUUUUUUCGUUUAUAAAGUGCCUUCACGAUAUGUAAGAUCAGUUAAAUGAACAAAUGAAAGAGCCGUUUGAACAAAUAUAUCAGCAUGGCUUUUUGAAGAGACGUGGACAGUGAAAAAUACUGGGGGGUUUUUGUAACGUAUUCCACCUCUAAUGCCAUAUUAGUUUGUUCAUUUAUUUCAGUAUUUUCUUUUCCUCUCUCUUUGAGACAAAAUGAUCGAAAACGAGCCAGUUGCUAAUUAGAAUCAGGAUUACAGGCUAAUGUUUUUAAGUUAUUAUAAUGAAUAUACAGUCAGUGUAUUAGUUUCACCGCUCUACUACGUGGGCGGUCACCUAUAUCUCAUUACAAUAAAACCAAGGAAGACAAGGGCAGAUAGAUAAAGAUGGGCUUCCAGCACUUCUUUCCACAAUACCCAUAUUAAUAUCCAGUAUAUCUGGCAGCAAACAAUGUAGCUUUUAUCAAAGGGAAGGUAAAAGUGGCUCACGCAAAAUAGCAACUCAUGAAAUGAGGAAAAACAGCACAAUCAGCUUUAUUUGUUUGAAUCGCAAUCAA